GAUACCAACGAUGAAGACGUGUCUCUGUUUGAUGCGGAGGAAGAUGCAGGGAAAAGGUCAAAGAAGAAUAUUAAGCAUCCGGUGGCCUCCUUCUUCCACCUCUUCUUCAGAGCUACGGCCAUCCUCGUGUACCUGCUGUGUGAGCUGGUCAGCCGGAGCUUCAUCGCCUGCAUGGUGACCAUCAUCCUGCUGCUCUCCUGUGACUUCUGGGCGGUGAAGAACAUCACCGGGAGGUUGAUGGUCGGUCUGCGCUGGUGGAACCAGGUGGACGACGAUGGACGCAGCCACUGGGUGUUUGAGGCUCGGAAGGGCACUGCGAAGCAACAAGCGUCGGAUUCUGAGUCUCGAAUCUUCUGGCUCGGGCUGAUUGUUUGUCCCAUCCUCUGGGUCAUCUUCGCUUUCAGCACCCUGUUUUCCUUCAAGAUCAAAUGGGUGCCGGUGGUGAUCAUGGGUCUGGUGCUGCAAGGCGCCAACCUCUACGGUUACGUGCGGUGUAAAGUCGGAGGCAAGACCAGCUUAAAGAACAUGGCUACCAAUUAUUUUGGCCGACAGUUCCUCAAACAGGCGCUGUCUAAAGAAGAGGAAUCGUAGAGUGCAGCUCUGCGAUGAUUUUAACAUCUGCAUUACUCUUAAUGCUGUUAUUCUUUUAGCAAGCGGAUACGUAGAAAGAAAUCUUUUUUUGCAACAUGAACUGAGGAUAACAGUUUUUGAUUUGUUUUCUUAUUAACGUAACGUGUGAGUGUCGGCCCCAGUAGAGACAGAGUGUUUGGUUUUCCACACGGAGCUCCGGUAGCUGUUUUCCAAGCCCAGCAAUAAACAGAGUGUAUACUGGAGAGAAAAUGCAUGAGGGGAAAAAGGGCUUGAAAUGUUAAAACUAAUAGUAGUUUAAUGUGUUCUGUUGUCUCACAGCUCCCAGAGAUACCUUCUUUACUUUGUGUAUUCGUCUUUAUAAAACUGAAUAAUGUAGUUUGUGAGAGGUUUCAUACAAACAUUUUUGUUUGUAUGAAAGGUUGUAAAGAGUGUAAAGUAUUCCAGGAGAUUUGUAAAUAUGUAUGUAAAGAAACUAUGUGGAAAACAUCUUCUUUUGUGCUAAUACAUUUGUAACAUUUUUCCGAA